UUUGUUUUUUAUAAAACAUGUACAUUUGUAGAGCUUUGCCAGAGACAUCCCAACGAUGAGUGACAUAGACGAAGUGUUUGCCAAGCUGGUGGUCCUUCGGCAGGAUUCGGCAGGAUGCAGUACCUCAUGCUGUUCGCCUGCCUCUUCGUGCAGCUGUGGCUCACCAACGAGCAGCUGGGCAUCGCGGUGGUGAUCGCCGGGGCCAACUGCGAACUCAAGCUCAACAACGAGCGGAUCUCCUGGCUGAUGGCGGCCAACUUCGCCGCCCAGAUGCUCACCUGCUUCAUGUGGGGCGAGCUGGCGGACAGGUUCGGGCGGCGGAGGAUCAUAGUCUGCGCGGGCCUCUCCGCCAACCUGCUCUCCAUCCUGUCCGCCUGCAUGCCGGAGUACUGGUCCUUCCUGGUCGCGCGGACUCUGGCUGGGUUCUUCAUCUCCGCGUUGGUGGUCUCCCUCAUGACCUACCUGAGUGAGUUCACCAAGGUGUCGCUGCGUCCCAGGGUGCUCAACUUCAUGAGCUACGCCUUCGGGCUGAGCAUCAUCUACGUGGCGACGCUGGCAGGAGUCCUGCUGAACCUGGAAAGCGAUCCCGUGCAAGGCUGGCGCAUCCUGCUGCUGUGCAACCAGCUCCCCGGACUCCUCGGCCUGGGCAUCCUGCUCUGGCUGCCCGAGUCGCCCAAGUACUUCCUGUCGAUCGGCGAUGAGGAGAGGGCCUUGCGGGUGAUGGAGAGGGUCUGUCGGAUGAACAAGGGCAAGGACGCGACCCUGGAAAGCUUCGGGGUGGGGUCCCUCACUCAGCCCCGUCUCACCCGCGCGUCAAUGGCCUUUGGACGGUGUUAUGAGACCAGGACUCUUCUGGUCCAAUACACCAAAUUCAUGUGUAUUUUCUCCGUCAUCUUCUUUUCCCUGUGUGGAAUUGCCUUCGCAGUGCCCAUUUGGAUGGUGCGAAUCAGGGUUCUCACUUCUGAGUGUGAAGACCGCCUGACGGUCUGCGAACACUUGGAGGGCCACAGCCCCAAGCAAAGCCAUAAGUGCCGCUUGGGCUACGAGGAAAUGAAGGACCAGCUCAUCCACGGCUUCGUCGUCCUCGGCAUCUUCGUGGUGACCAGCCUGCUCCUGAUCUGCACCAACCGCAAGGUGGUGAUCUUGUUGUACAUAGGAGUCGCCGCCAGCGGCUGCGUGCUGCUCAACGUGGUGACGCGCCCCUACGUGAUCCUGGCCAGCUUCCUGAUCGUGGUGGAUCCGCCCCUGUGCAGCAUCAGGCUGGUAAGCACCAUCCUCAUAGAUUUGGUGCCCACUCGCUUAAGGGGAAAGGCCCUGGCCUUGUCCAGCAUGUUCGGUCGCUGCGGCGUCUUGGUGACCAGCUUGUACGUGGGAUACACCCUGUCGAAUGUCUGCCUCCUCACCUUCAACCUCUUCAUCCUGCUGUUCUUGGCUUGCGGUGUCCUCGUGUACUUGCUGCCUUCGGAAAUUAAAAUGAGGAGCUUAACACUGUGAUGUCUCUCCUGGUUUUCCGCACUCAAGUUUGUAUACGACUUUGUAAAUAAAGUGCUGUUGAGCCCUGUUUGUACUAGCCAA